UGUGUGUGUGUGUGUGGUGGGGGGUGUGGGUGGAGGCUGUAGCUGCAGCACGACUUAAAUGCACUGCAGCAUCCAGCAGGGUGUCCGUGUAUCCAUCUUUCCCGGCGCAGAAUCUCUCUGUAUUCCUCUCUCCUGUCAUCUGAAACUUUCAGCAUUUAGCCAGACACCGUCAGUCCUUGCAAACACUGCCAGGCCCAGUCCGUCUGCAGAGCACCAUAGUCAAAGUCAACGUCCAGGAUGGAUGCUCUAAUGAAGGGAUUCUCCAUGGCCAAGGAAGGAGUGGUGGCCGCCGCUGAGAAAACUAAAGCUGGGGUUGAAGAGGCAGCUCUCAGGACCAAGGAAGGAGUCAUGUAUGUGGGCAACAAGACAAAGGAGGGAGUGGUGUCAGGUGUAAACACAGUUGCCCACAGGACCACCGACCAGGCGAAUAUUGUGGGUGAAACAGCGGUAGGCAGUGCUAAUGAAAUGGGACAGAAGACAGCAGAGGGGCUGGAGAAUGUGGGUGCAUCAACCGGCAUGGUCAACCCGGAUGAGGCUUUAUAUGAGGGUGACUUCUCCCAUGGGGGCGGCAUGGAAGGAGGAGAGGGUGGAGAGGGUUAUUAGUCCAGAGGGCUGAAGCUGAAACGGUCCCCUCCCUUACCUCCGAGUUUCUGCUCCAAAGCCUCACCUCGACCCGACUCCAGAUGUUACCGAUAUUUUUUUGUGACUGUAUGGAAAACCAGAGUUGAAAAAGACUUUCCCUGAGCCCUGUAGCCUUUAGAUGUGUGACGCUUCCCCUCCUCUUCAUCUGUGGUGGCAUCAUACUGUUCUCUAGUGUUAUUGUCAUCCCUCUGCCCGUCCACACCUCAUCAGACACGAUCAAACAUACACCCUCACUCACUCCUUACACAAAAAAAUGGACAGGAACCGUGAAGCCCAGAGGCUGAUAACAGAGGUUGAGGUUGUGUUUUAGGACCAUGUCUGAAAAGAAAAAAAAAAGAUACCCGCAUGACCAGUAAUGUAAGAAAAGCAAUACAUCUCAUUUCAUCAGGGCAUGUAGCAAUGUGCGUCUGGAUCUUUGUGAGAUCAUAGCCAUUUUUCGAUUUAUUUAGUCUUGAAAAUGCUGCAAUGUACGCAAUGACAAGUUGUAUGUACAUUAAGAGAUACAUUACAUUCCUUUAGUUCAGUGUGUGUGCAGAAUAGAGUUACUGUGUGCUUGACCAAUAGACUUACCGUGUGAUUUGUUAGAGUAAGAACAAAUAUGUUUAUUCACAAAAUGUGAACGCAUACUGUAUACAUAGAUACUGUAAAACAAAAACAAAAAGAUUAUCUGUAUUGAUGUAGCUGUGCUAGACUUGCAUCUCUUCAUUAGCUUGUACAUGUGAGGUUUGGUUCAAUUUGCGAUUGAGUGAAAUGGGUCUGUUGAAAAAGGGUUUUUGAAUCCUUCGGCUGCUAGGACAACAAGAAAAGACAGUCUUUCGAUGUUGUGGAAAGAGAUCAAAUCUUCAAACACAUCCUGUUUCGUCCUGAUUUUGUUGCAAUGCAUGUGAAGUCGGUGUGCGAUCAUGAAUUUGUGAUGCCAAUGUAAAAGCAAUACUACAGCGCCGUUGCAAAGUUUGUCUUUGGUCUGUUCUGUAGCACUGUGCUAUAUGCUGACUCUAGGAACUAUGUUUUACCAAGGGAAUGCUAAGAAGUGUAGAUCUUUACUAAUAAGAUGACCGUCUUCAUCUUCAUUUAGCCUUGCCGUCAUGGCCACCCAAACCCGUCCCUGUCCUUUCACUCAACGGCGUGUUCAGAUCCACCCCAGGCUUGUGUCUGCUAGGUAACUAAGACAAAGCUAUCAAACAUUGCAGUUUGUUCUUUCUUUGAAGCCACAAAAAACUGAAGACUGCAUGUUGCCUUAUCAGCACUCGGAUAUUCACACACAUGCACACACACACACGAUCAAAACACAAAAACACACUCUUCUCAAGCUUUCUUUCUUUGAGCCUGUCUCUCUUUGCUCUCUCUGAAACACACACACACACACACAAACAAAUGUCCCACAUAUCUUUUAUGUUGGCAUCAAAGCAGGCAAGCUGAUUUUAUAAACUGUAUAAGUGAAAUAAAGAGUUUUGUUGAAAUCUA